ACCUGCAGUGGGUGUCUAAGGUGAGGGUGAACACUCAGGCCGUCCUCAAGAGAGCUCAGCAGAUACAGGGAUUGAAGACACCGAAGAAACAGUGGCAGGCAGCGUGGCUCCUGAAGGCGGUCACCUGUAUCGACCUGACCACUCUGGCGGGAGAUGACACUCCGUCCAACGUCCACCGUCUGUGUCUGAAGCUGUAGCCAAUCAGAUGUGACCUGCUGAAGAGCAUGGACAUGCACAACAAAGGUGUAACCACAGCAGCAGUGUGUGUGUAUCCUGCACGUGUUCCUGAUGCUGUUAAAUCUCUUAAAGCUGCAAACUCUAGCCUACCUGUGGCUUCAGUGGCGACUGGUUUCCCAGCAGGUCAGACCCCGUUAGAGACCCGCCUUCAGGAAGUGCGCCUGGCGGUGUCUGAUGGAGCGGCAGAGAUCGACAUCGUCAUCAACCGAACACUCGCCAUCACGGGACAAUGGGAAGCUCUGUACGAUGAGAUCUGUCAGUUUCGUCAGGCCUGUGGAGACGCUCACAUGAAGACCAUCCUCGCCAUCGGAGAGCUUGGUACCUUCACCAACGUCUACAAAAGCCUGGUGGCCAUGAUGGCGGGUUCAGACUUCAUUAAGACGUCAACAGGUAAAGAAACUGUCAACGCUACCUACCCUGUUGCCAUAGUGAUGGUGAGAGCCAUCAGGGACUACUACCUGUCUACAGGACACAAGGUGGGCUUUAAACCUGCGGGGGGGAUCAGGACGGCUCAGGAGUCUCUGCUGUGGCUCGCGCUCAUAAAGGAAGAGCUGGGAGACGACUGGCUCCACCCACACCUGUUCCGCCUCGGAGCAAGCAGCCUAUUGGCCGACAUCGAGAGACAGAUCUACCAUCAUGUGACUGGACAGUACGCAGCCUAUCACGAGCUGCCGAUGGCCUGAUCAUGUGACGUCCUGUUUAAUGACCUCAAACUAAACACACACACACACUCACACACACACACGUUGAUCCAGUGUUUCUGUUGAACACACUCACAGCAGAAUGAUUUCAGGCUCUGAAAGUUUUCAUUGUGAUUCAGUUUGAAAACAAAAUAAAGAUUAUAAUAAAA